AUGCCGCAAGUAAUAUUACUGUUUAGUGGGAAGAGAAAAUCAGGAAAGGACUUCCUUACCACACAUUUACAGAACUUGCUUGCGGACAAAUGUGAAGUUUUAAAAAUAUCUCAUCCUAUAAAGAGUCAUUGGGCCAAGGAGAAGAAUUUGAAUUUGAAUGAAUUGUUGGGAGACAGUGAGUACAAGGAACAAUACCGACUUGAUAUGAUCAACUGGAGCGAAGAGAUGAGAGCUCAAGAUUAUGGAUACUUCUGUAGGAUUGCUUGUCAAGAUGCGACUGACAAGCCAAUAUGGAUUGUAAGCGACAUCAGACGAAAAACAGAUAUCAAAUGGUUUAAAGAAAACUAUGGCAAUAAGACAAGGAACAUAAGAAUUAUGGCUGACGAAGAAACAAGAAAGAAAAGAGGUUUUAUUUUCAAAUCUGGAGUUGAUGACGUAGCUUCCGAGUGUGAUUUAGAUGAUUUUGUUGACUGGGAUCUUUUGAUAGAUAAUAGUGAGGGGAAACAGAAGCUAGAGGAACAAUUAAGUAGUAUAUUGGGUCUAGUUUCUGGGUUAUGA